AUGUUCGUGAUCGUAGGUUCUAAACCAGCAACAAUAACGUUCGCUGCUAAACCUAAACCUUUUACACAGCGAUAUCCAACUUUCUAUAAUGUACUCUAUCUAUCAGAUAAUAUAGAAUGUUAUUUGUAUGAACUACAUCCAGCAGAUUAUCCAGCUAGAUGGGCCGACAAGUUGUCGGUGCCGUAUGGCUUAGAGUGCGGUGUAAGGCAGGGAGGAAUAACCUCACCAAAACUGUUCAACCUCUAUAUUAACGACCUGAUCGUUGAGCUCAGCAGUAAGAAAAUCGGCUGUCGCAUUGAUGACUGCAGUAUUAAUAACAUCAGUUAUGCCGACGACAUGGUGCUGCUGGGCCCAACGGUCAGGUCGCUCAGAGAGUUACUUGCGUGUUGUGAGUCCUAUGCACAGACUCAUGGCCUACUGUACAAUGUUGCUAAGAGCGAAUUCAUGGUCUUUAAGGCGAGUGGUGGUAAAUGUCCAGAUUUCGUACCUGCAAUUAGGCUUAAUGGUAAUGAACUAAAUCGUGUUUACCAGUUCAAAUACCUGGGUCAUUACGUGACCGACGACCUUAGGGACCAUGUAGACAUUGAGCGGGAACGUAGGGCGCUGGCAGUUCGAUGUAAUAUGCUGGCGCGCAGGUUUGCGCGUUGUAGCAAGGAGGUUAAAGUAACACUUUUUAAAGCAUAUUGUCAAGUGUUCUACACGUGCAGCUUGUGGGCCGGCUAUACUUUGCGGACUAUCAGCGCCCUGCGAGUCCAAUAUAAUAAUGGGUUCAGAAUGUUGAUGGGACUGCCCCGUUUCUGCAGUGCAUCUGGCAUGUUCGCUCAAGCACACGUUGAUGACUUCCAUGCCAUUAUCAGACAGAAGUCUGCAUCGCUGCUCUGCAGGGUGCGGGCCAGUUCCAACUCCAUCUUGAAAACCAUUGCAGGGAGGUACGAUUCACCUAUAAUACAUGGUAUCGUGCGAAGAUGUAUUCCCAACAGUAGGCUUGUAACAAUAUCUCUAUAGGUACUAACAUAGUUUUUAAGA